CUGUGAUUCACUCCAAGUCCCAACUUCCCUGUCAGGUCAGUUCUUCGCUCUUCUUCAUUUCCUCUCUCACCAUACUCUAGGGUUAGGUUUUAUCAUCGGAAUCUUCUAGACCUUUUUUCUUCCACAACAUGGACCCAUCGAAGAAGCGCAAGAUGGAGGAGAACGGCAUCGUAUCCGCCUCCGCCGCCACCAACGGCGGCAACCACCACUACCAUCCGGCGUCCCUCUCCCCUCAAGACGCUCGGAAGCUGAUCGAGCACUUCACCCCCGAUCAGCUUCUCGACAUCCUCCAGGACGCCGUCGCCCGCCACGUGGACGUCCUCGACGCCGUCCGAUCGAUCGCCGAUCGGGACAUCUCCCAGCGGAAGCUCUUCAUCAGAGGUCUUGGCUGGGACACCACCACCGAUGGCCUCCGCGCCCUCUUCUCCGCCUACGGCGAGCUCGAGGAGGCGGUCGUGAUUCUCGACAAGAACACCGGCAAGAGCAAGGGCUACGGCUUCGUCACGUUCCGCCACGUGGACGGCGCUCUCCUCGCCCUCAAGGAGCCCAGCAAGAAGAUCGACGGCCGGAUGACGGUCACGCAGCUCGCCGCGGCGGGAAAUUCCGCCUCGAACUCCGCCCCGAACCCCGCUGCCCCUGCGGCCUCGGCGGCCGAUGUCUCGCUUCGGAAGAUAUACGUUGCCAAUGUGCCGUACGACAUGGCUUCGGACAAGCUCUUGGCCCACUUCUCGGUGUAUGGAGCGAUCGAGGAGGGUCCGCUAGGGUUCGAUAAGCAGACGGGGAAAUGCAGGGGCUACGCGUUUUUCGUCUACAAGUCCCCCGAGGGGGCGCAGGCGGCGCUGGUUCAUCCCGUGAAGACGAUCGAAGGGCGGCAAUUGAAUUGCAAAUUGGCCGUCGACGGGAGGAAGGGGAAGCAGGGGGUUUCGCAGGACGCAGUUCAGGUGCCGGCGGCGGGUGGUCCGGGUAAUGCUCCGUCGGCUUCUUUGUCGGGCCAGUUCAGCGGGCCUGGCGGUAUUGGGCCUUACACUGGGUUUUCGGGUGGACCGCAGCCGGCUAUGGGUCAUCAUCAUGGUUUGAAUUCUUCUGUUGGAGGACCGCUGGGGUUGGGUUCAGUGGCUGGUCAAAGGCCAUCGUCGAUAGGCGUUGCUGGUGGGUACGGUGCGGGGCUUGGUGGGCCUUAUGGUGGGUAUGGAGGUCCGAAUUCGGCGGGUUAUGGCCGUGGAGGUCCUGGUAGAGGAUUAAGUGGUGCAGGUGCGGGUGGUGCGGGUGGUGCUGGGUCUGCAUUGUAUCCGGAGAGUGGCCAUCAUGGCUUGUCAUCGUCGUCUGCGUAUCCCGGUCCGCACCACCAGCAACCCGGAGCAUCAUCGGUCCUAAGAGUUCCACCUGGAGGAAUGUACCCGCCUCCUUACUACUGAGGUUUGUGACAGCUUGUUGGGCGCAGAUGCUUUUUGUGGUUCUGGUGAUCGCAGACAAUAUGUUCUGCUUAGAUGAUGAUUGUAUUAGCUUGCCACUUCUUCACUUGGUCUGCCGUUUUGAGUUGUUGUUCAUU